AGCAACAAAUACUAUGAUAGAACCUGAUGAUAUAGUUAUUACUGAAACAACUGAAACAAGUAAUGGACUAAGAGUGAUUUUUUACAUCAAAGGACAGUCUGGAAAUCCCAUUGAUCCCAAUGCUGUAGUGGCAGCUAUAAAGGCAGCUGAUUCAAGAUAUGCUAAUGCUGGGUUUACAAUUGCUAGUCUUACAUUACUAAAUCCACCAUCAACUACUAUUGUAGUGACUCCUACUGCUUCAGCAACUCCUACAGAUGAUGGACUAUCUGCUGGACAAAUAGCAGGAAUAACAAUUGGUGUUUUAAUUGGAACCUUACUCAUCGUAAUAAUAGUAAUCAGUGUGGCCUGUCUUAUAUGCUAUAGAAAAAAGUCCAAUAAGGUUUUAAAGAAAAAUGAUGAUGAUGAUUUUACUGUUGAGAAUCUAUAUUAUGAUAAACAUACUCCUCCUAAUCCUGAAGGUUCAGUCCACAGUAUCAAAUUAAAAUUUGCUCAAGACUCUGACAGUAAUGAUGAAAGUGAAAGUGACAUAGAUAACGUUAUGAAAGAAGGAGAAAGCAAAGUUGAAAGUUUUGGUCUUAUACCUGCAGAAAAUAUGCUUAAAGAGUCUGAAAAAACUUUUCUCUAAAUUUCUUAUUCUUGUGCUGAAUUUAUAUUGAAUUAUUUGAUUUUAUAUAUUUUUUCCUAGAUAUUAUUUUUUAGAUCUACUGCUCAAUUUUUUGUCUUGUUAAUCUUUUGAUGUUUUAAUUUA